AUGAACGACAACCUAGCAAGCUUGGCUCUGGCCUCGGACCCGAUCAACUUCCCGGACAACAUGUCGAGGGACGAGUGGGCCGUGAUCAACGCCAUGGACGACUCGCUGCAGAGGCAGAUGCCGUGGCGGCGGCAGCGCAUGCACGAUCCGUACGCGUACCUCACCACCGCCGCAGCCGCCUCCUCGUCUUCUUCUUCUUCUGAUGGUGGUGGUGGUGGUGGUGGUGAUGAUGAUGAUGAUGAUGAUGAUGAUGAUGACGAUGACGAUGAUGACGGUGAUGAUGAUGGCGAUGAUGGCAAGGAUAGCCAAGGCAGCGACGACGAUGCCCACAGUCCAGACGAAGGUGAAGACGAAGACGCCAAUGACGUUGGAACCCUAUACUCUGAUCGAGACUCGUCCUCGUCCUCUUCUCCCUCCUCCUCAGCAGAAGAAGAAGAAGAAGAAGAAGAAGAAGAAAGAGACCGAUCAGACUACGUCGUCUUCAAGGUCAUCAACACCAAAGAGGGCCGGACCGACCGCGCCGACGCGCAGAUCUACGUGCCCAUGCCGCCCGCGGUCGUCCGCACGCUCGACGAGUCGCCGUUCACGUACGGAAUGGAUGACGAGACGCUCGUUAGGACCAUCGCCGUGGAAGACGAUGCCAGGAGGCCGCGGGCGGAGAGGGGGAGGGGGAAGAGGGACUUGCUGCUGAAGGGCACGCCGCAUAAGCUGUGCUGGGCGUGUUUGGAUGCGUUGGGGUAUUAUGUCAAGUAUGUGCAGGGGGUGGCGGCGGAGGAGGCGGAGGAGGAGGAAGGAGAAGGAGAGGGGGUGAAUGAAGAGAAGAGAAAGAAGGGGAAGAAGAAAAAGAAGGCUCUGCCCAAAGCGGUGGUGCACCACUGGAACCUGAUCAGCUUGGAAGCGGCAAAAGCGGUCGGGUGCGCCAUAUGCACGCGGCUGCAUCAACGGCUGGAGAGGAACAAGGUGGUGGACAUGUACCGGCCGGACAACGCCGAGUCGCACCGGCUGGAAAUGUGCUGGGCGGGGCGAGGCGGCAUGGGCGAGAGCGAAGUGCUGUAUUUCGUGUGGACGCGGUCGACGAGCCCGCGGAGCCAUUCCAACUACCACACGUACUACCGCAUGCAGCUGUGGGACAUCGACUCCCUGGGCGACAACAUGUCAAUCUGGUUUCCGGACGGGAGGCAGUGGUUCGCCGAGCACGGCGUGACGGACGUCGUGCAGGGGCGGACUGAUUCGGACAGGUCGAGGCACUUGGCCAAGGGCUGGUUCGCGCGCUGCGAAGAGAAUGCAGACGGCGCGCACGACGAGUGCACCGCCUUCGUAGCCAAGAGCCGGCCCACGCGCGUGCUGGACGUUGAACAUGCGAGGGAGUCCGGGAGGGUCCGCCUCGUUUGCGCCGGCCAUGACGCGGCUGGUGAUCGGUACAUCACCCUGAGCCAUUGCUGGGGAGCCUGGGGCGCGAAGGAGCUCCCGGUGCUGACGACGGCCAACCUGGACGAGCGGCAGGGCGAGGGUGUAGACGCUGCCGACUUGCCGCAGACGUUCCGCGAUGCCCUCGAGGUGGCCAGCUGGUACAACGUCAAGUGGCUCUGGAUCGACUCGCUCUGCAUCGUGCAAGACUCGCCCUCAGACUGGUUCCGCGAAGCCUCGCUGAUGGCCCGCACCUACAAGCACGCCGUGCUCAACCUCUCGGCCGACCACUGCCCAGACGCGCGCGGCGGCCUCUUCGCCGACCGCGACCCCCUCGACACCGUCCCCAUCCAGUUCCACGCCACCGCCCGCCCGGGCGCCGCCACCCCGUCGUCGCCCGCCGGCCUCGUGCGCUCGUGGUGGAUGUACGACUACGAGACGGACGCCUUCGCGUGGGCGCACCGCGCGCCGUCGUUCGCGCGCGCCUGGAUCCACCGCGAGCGCCAGCUCGCCCGCCGCGUGCUGCACUUUGCCCGGCACGAGCUCGUCUGGGAGUGCUGCGCCAGCCGCGCCCCGGGCCAGGCCCUCGCGUCCGAGACGUUCCCCGGCGGCUACCCCUUCCGCAGGCUGCUGCACGGCCAGGCGAAGUGGCAGGCCCGCGACUUGCAGAGGAAGGGCGUUAAUGCGGGGGGAGAGGCUGUGGGCGACGACGCCGUCGUCAUCGACGCGUGGAAUGAGCUGUGCGAAGGCUUUUCGCAAAAGUGGCUGACGGUGCGCAGCGACAUGCCUAUCAUCUUGUCGAGCCUGGCUGAGGAGUUCGCCGAGAUGCUGCCUGGAGAUGCGUACGUGGCGGGUCAUUGGGAGAGCACCUUGCCGUUGAGCUUGCUGUGGAAGGCCGACCGGUGGCCGGGGAGUGAUAUUGGCGAGUUCUCCGCCCUGCCGCAUGCGGUGGAGAAACGGUGGAUAGAUCGGGUGUGCUUAAAUACUGCCGAGGAAAUCCUCAGGGGCGAGGGGAUCAAGGAGAAAGAGGGGUCGUCGGACGCGGACGAGAAGACCCAAGACACUUCCAUUACGAGAUCUAGGGUGACCGGCCUCUAUGCCAGGGCGAGGAUGCUCGCAAAGGAACUGGCCGCUCAACGGGCGUUGACCAAGGAAGCAUCGUCAGUGAAUCCAACAGCUGGUGAUUCACAAGGCACUCAUGUCGAAGCUACCUCGGGAUCGAUUACCACACAGCCAGAGGCAACACAAACAGAAACGGCACAAUUGGAACCGUCGCAGCCAGAGUUACUGCAAAUAGAGACAGCCCAACCAGAGACGACACCAGCCGAGACUGUGGAACAAGAAAAGGGGGAGACGGGAGAAGAAGAAGAGCCAGAGCAGGAUGAUCACAGUUCGGAAAAGGGAGUCUACUUCAACUACAUCGCCCCAUCCUGGUCGUGGCUCUCCGUCAGCGGCUCGACCCAGCACCACGGCCGCUGGCCCCAAGUGCCUCUCGCCACCGUCAGCGUCGACGACCCCCGCCUACGCAACUCCUUCGGUCCGUUCCUAGCCGAGGCCUCCUCUCUCACGGUGACGGGUUACAUGCGGCGCAUCCAGGUCGUGUACACUGGGACAGACGUGGUCGAGUCGCUGUACACACCCGACAUCGUGUCCAUCAGGCAGAAGUUCAACAUGGUCGUCAUCGACCACGACGACGGCGACGAGGACGCGGAUUUGCGCAGAAAGGGGCCCGAUGGAGCUGUGCGCGGGGUGCGCGAGGUCGGGAGAGCCUGGCGCCAGCAGACGGGCAUGGACUUUUCGGUGAAGCUAGACUUUCCCAGGGGCGAUGACGAGGUACUUGAUUGCUUCUGCCUAUUUCUGGGGUUUCACGGCAAGAAACGGACCAAGUAUGACUUGGCUGUCAAUGGGUUGCUGCUGGAGCGGGAGGAAGAAGGUAAGGGGUUCAUGCGGAUCGGCUUGAUCAACUUGGCUGCCAUGACGGCGUUGAGGAUGCGGUAUAUGGUGGAAGAGGGCGAGGAGGAGCCGGACGAAAAGGGAUGGAGGACGGUUAUGAACUGGCUCCAGGAUGGAGAGGUGAGCAAGGAUACAGAAGAGUUCAGCGAGAAGGGUCCUGAGGCAUUGUAUCGGCGUGAUGAGGAGCAGUCAGGGCUGAAGAGACUGAGAAAGAGGGGCAUCAAGCUUGUCUGA